AUGGGUUUCCUUAGCGAUUUGAUCUCAGACUUCAAGGGCACCAAGUCGGGCGGUGACCAACAGCAGCAGCAACAGUACGGCCAACAGCAGCAAUACAGUCAGCAGCAGCAAUAUGGUCAACAGCAACAGUAUGGCCAGCAACAAUACGGCCAACAGCAGUACGGUCAACCACCACCACAACAAUACGGUCAAUACCCGCCCCAGCAAUCCUCACCACAGCCUCCGCCCGUUUCUCCGCCGUGGUUCGCCGAGUGGAACGGACAUGAGCAACGCUGGGUUUUUGUGAACCAACAGACAGGCGAGCGUACCCCCAACUACCCUGGACCCGGCUAUGCCCAGCAACAGGGUAGCUACGGCGCUCCCCAGCAGGGUGGUUACGGUUACGGCCAGGGUGGCUACAACAACCAGGGUGCCGCCCAACAACACUCAUACGACCCAACUCGCAGCAGUGCGCCCGAGGAGCAGAAGAAGUCAGGCGGCAAUGGCUUGAAGUAUGCUGCAGUGGGUGCGGCAGGUCUCGCUGGUGGCGCCCUCUUAAUGCAUGAAAGCGACAAGAUCGGCGAAGGAUUCGACAGCGCCAAACAAGGCCUAGAAAACGCACCCGAGAACGUAGCAAACUGGACUGGCGAGCAAGUCGGCCGCGCCGAGCACACAUACGACAAUGCCGUUGACGAUGUGGAGAACUUCCCGGAGAACGCGGCUCGUUGGACUGGAGACAAGGUUCAAGCGGUCGAGGAUAUUCCAGAGAACAUUGAGAAUAAGUGGGAUAACAUGGUUGAUGGAGUUGAGGACUUUGGUGAUAACAUGGAAAACGCGUAUGAUGAGGGCAGGGACGAGAGGAGGUACGAGGAUGAGGAUGACUACUAG